UACUGAAGGGCUGAAUGAGAAGAGGAAAGAUCCUGCAUGUUCUCUUCUUUUUGGCAUCAGCUGAUCUUCAAGCUCUGUGUCAGUUUAGUUUGUACGACACCGCACAUCUGAAGACAAUGUGUUUUCUCCAAAGGCACCCCAGGAAAUAACAUUAUAGCCAAUACACUGUUUUUCUGAGGCUUUUGGCUUGACACCACUAUAAGUUUUGCUUUGGGACACUCAGCACAUAUGGGUUUCUGUUGGUGUAUCUGUUAAGCAUGAAGUGGAAUUUGCUCAAGAAGAAGCCUGCGGCCAUGGUGGGCCCCGAGCCCACGGGUGCCAGUGCCCUAACCAUGGCCCCUGCUGUUUCCACACCUGCAGACAACUCCACCGAGCAUCAGGGUCCAGUCAGCAAGAAUGACGUCUUUGGUGACAUCAAAAACAAGUUCCUCAAUGAGAUGGACAAGCUUCCAUUGCCUCCCUGGGCCAUUAUCGCCAUCGCCAUUGUAGCCGUGAUCCUCAUUCUCACGUGCUGCUUCUGCAUCGUUAAAAAGACCUGCCUUAAGAGGAAAAAGGGCAAAAAGGGAAAGAAAGGCAAGGGAGAAAUGGGAAUGAAGAACAUGAAGGAAGGAGAGAAACAGGAAGAGGAUGAUGAUGAAGAAGAUAUAGACAUGGGAAUAACUGAAGAGAAAGAGGAGGAACCGAAAGAGAAGGAGAAACUCGGAAAACUGCAGUUCUCCCUUGACUACGACUUCUCUGACAACAAGCUGACAGUGGGCAUCCUGCAAGCUGCAGAUCUUCUCUCCAUGGACAGUGGUGGCACCUCAGACCCAUACGUCAAAGUUUUCAUUCUCCCAGACAAGAAGAAGAAGUUUGACACCAAGGUGCACAAGAAAACCCUCAACCCCGUCUUCAACGAGACUUUCAAUUUUAAGAUUCCAUUCACUGAAAUGGGAGGAAAGACUCUGGUCAUGUCUGUGUACGACUUCGACCGUUUCUCGAAGCAUGAUGUGAUCGGUGAGGUGAAGAUUCCCAUGAACACCCUGGACCUGGCACAACCUAUCGAGCAAUGGAGAGACCUGGAUAGCGCAGAGAAAGAAGAGCAAGAAAAGCUUGGGGAUAUCUGCAUCUCUCUGCGCUAUGUACCUACAGCUGGAAAACUCACCAUCUGUAUCCUCGAGGCUAAGAACCUGAAAAAGAUGGAUGUUGGAGGACUCUCAGAUCCCUACGUGAAGAUUCAUCUUCUGCAGAAUGGCAAGCGGCUGAAGAAGAAGAAGACGACUGUGAAGAAGAACACCCUGAACCCGUACUACAAUGAGUCUUUCAGCUUUGAGAUCCCACAGGACCAGAUGCAGAAAAUACAAGCUGUGAUCACGGUGCUGGACUACGAUAAGAUCGGCAAGAAUGACGCCAUCGGGAAGAUCUGGGUGGGCAGCAGAGCGCAGGGCACUGAGCUCCGGCACUGGUCAGACAUGCUGGCGAACCCACGCAGGCCCAUCGCUCAGUGGCAUCCACUCAAACCUGAGGAGGAGGUGGAUGCCACGUUAGCGGCCCUCACUGCCAAGAAGUAAUCCUGUGCUUCUUCCUCCCCUCCCUCUCACCUUUAACUCCCCCUUCCUUCCCUUCUUUCACUUUUCAACAUGCACACUAUAGUCAUCUUACUCAAUCAGCACUGAAUUACAGCCAUGGGCCACAUGACUAGAGGUAUUAUCUACAGCUAAAAUGAGAUGUGCAGAAAGACUCUUUCCACAGAUGUUCCUGAAGACAGGCCAAGCUCAUAGGUUUGUAUAUCCUCCAGAAGAGAUGUAAGCUCACACUCACACCCAGAUAUCCAACAGCAUUCCAGUUUUCCAUCGGGGACCAGGGAUAGAAAGCACUGCCACUUCCACUGCCUAUUUUAACACAUUCCUUCUAGAUUCUCUGGUCAUCUAGAUCAAAUCAGUUCUGUUACUUUUGAUGAGUCUGAAAGGACAGUGAAGAAUUGGUAAUCAUUGUGAAUAAUAAAAAAAAUAAAAUAAAAUGUGGGAACUGGAGAGAUAGUUGGACUCGAUGCUCCUGCCCAACCGGAAGGGAUCUUUCAGGUGUCGAUUACACUGCCUGCGAAACAACCUCUUCUUCCAUUCUUCAGUUCCAGCUCUCAGCUGGCUUCUUCCACUGCCCAACAUCCUAACAAACCCUGACAAAAAGGAGACAAGCCUUGAAACAUCAUGAAAUAAGCAAUUCUUAGCUGCCAGGAACGUCUUCCUGUUAGCAUGGGUGUAUUUGUUUCUUUGCGUUGAUUUCUUGUAGUAAAUGUAUUCUGCCUGAGCACUUUAAAUGAAGGUGUGUUUUUGUUUCAGUCAAUGCUUUGUACAUUUUUGAUGUUCUGAACCCUCUCAUUAAAGGAAUAGUUCAUCAAAAAAAGAAAAUUAAGUUAUCGUUUACUCACUUUUCUUUCUUACGCCAAUGGAACACUAAAGGAGAUGUUUCAAAGAAUGUUCACGCUGCUCUCUUCCAGACAGUUUAGGUGACUGAUGAUCCAGAGGCAGUGAAGCUUAAAAAAAUAUGAAUCAUUGUCUUAAAUUCCAAGUCUUCUGAUGAUCUGACAGACUGAAAUUUAGGUUAUUAUUCACAAAAUUUGACUAAAAUCUUUUUGUUUGACAGGCUUGGUCACCAUUGGCUUUCAGUGUGAACAUUCUUCAAAAUGUCUCCUUUUGUAUGGACGAAAGAAAGAAUGUCAUACGGGUUUCAAAAAACAUGAGUGAACUAUUCCUUUGAGAGCUUCCAUCACUUUUUGUUUUCAUGUUUUAUUCAUGGUUUGAACCAGACGUUGUUAUGGUUUCACGAGAAGAACUGAUAGAAGACACUGUUAUGUGUGUAUUUACUGCACGUCUUACCAAACCGCUGAACUUAUUUGCACUACUGGAACUGCAUUCUAUACAUGUUGCUCUAUCAGUCUCAAUACUUGCUUUUGUGAUGCCGCAUUCUUGAUUGGAGUUGUAAGAGUUUGCAUUUGUUUAAAACGGGAGCUUGUAUCAUUUGAAAGCUGUUUUAGGGCUUACAGUAUCAGUCAUUGCGUGAGGAUGUGGAUCUGAGAAUAUCAUUAUGCUUAAGACCGACAAAACGAAAUGGUAGCACUUUAUUUUAUUGUCCUGUUGUACAUACUAUGUACUUAUUAUAGUAAUUACAAUAGCUGUAUAAUAACUAGGUACUAACCCUGAACCUACCCCUAAACCUAACCCUACCCCAUGUAGUUACCUUGUAUUACCAGAACUUUCUUAGAUAAAUACACUGUAAGUACACUAUACGUACAUGUAAGUACAGGUGCUGUAAAAUAAAGUGCAACCACUAAAUCUUUGUGUGUUUUAUCCUCAUAUUGCCUGUAGGAACUCUUUUGGCAAUGAUGGUAUCUUGUGAUAUUUGUUCAGUUAUUAAAUAGGUGGGAAAUUUGCAAGCCUGAAUUGGAUCAAUACUUUUUUUGAAGCAUCAUUUAUUGAGUAUAGACUUAUAAACCAGGCCAAAACUUUCAUGUAAAGAGCCAAGCGUGAAUUUUAUGGAGACUUUGUUGUGUACAAGCUGUAACCCAAUAAAAACCAAUUCAUUCUCAUAAGGAAAUGUCACUUUAGCGGCUUUUUCCUGCAUUACUAACGUCUCUGUGGUAAUGUAUUCAAACAACAUGCAACAUCACUCUAGUUUAAAUCUUACAUAUAAUCAAACAAAACGAAACCAUUCUGUGUCAUUCAAACCUAAAAAUAUCUAAAGAUUGCGGCAAAAUCUCCAUUUAAAAGUUGCUUCAGUGACGUCUCCCAUAUGAGUUGCAAUAACUCUGAUGUUCGAUUGUGGAACAGUAGGUAUUUCCAUCCACAUUCAUAGUGCAAUUUGAUAUUUUCAUGUCUAAUGAAUGUGUGAUUAUUUACCAUUUGUUUAUAUGACAUCAUGCUUUUCUUUUUCCGCUAGUAUCGUAUCGAAACCUCAUUUUAGGAAUCACUGUCUUUGUUUACUCUUAGGUUUAGUCUCUUGCGUAAAUAUGUCCCUCCUCCUAAAGAACUUUCACCAAAAAAUCGCAACUUGCAACUUCCACCCCAAACCCAUAGGCGUGUAUUUUGACCUCUAUAUGCAUAGUUCCUACUUUAUGAUACUGCAUGUUAAAGUACAAAAAGAUGCGCAUGUUUCAGAGAUGAAGCAAAAGAAUAAAAAUAAUACAAAAUAUUGUGUACCUAAGUAGGCGUUCUUUGUCAUUUUAGUAAACAUAACGGAAGGGGGUUAAGAUACUGUGUAUAUUUUCUAAUCGAAUCAAAUAUGUAUUUAUUUUCUGUGAGUGGGUAUUGGAGAGAAUAUGAAGUAUACUAGACUAAUGUUCAUUUUCAUGUUUAAUCCAUGCCUGGACAUCAUGGGCAAAUACUGUAUGUUAAGUGCUUUGUGUGAACUAAUAUAGAAUGAAAACGUAGCCGCAUGCUUGCCGUCUACUAAUACUGCUAAGGAACAAAAUGUUGAUGUAUUCAUUUAUUUAUUUAUUCAAAAUUAUUAUUUUUUUCAGAGUAAUAUUUGUAUGUCUCUUUGUCAGAAUAUGUUUGUGGGAGGUCAAAACUUCCAGCGGGGGCUCCAAGUGGAUAUUCCAACCACUCCCAACCAAUCAUUAUGAAAAAAAGUAAUAAUAAUACACUUUAUUAUCAUUUAUUUCACUGUUAGUGCCAAUGAGAGAAGUCACGUUUACUGCCAUUUUAUCUGACUUUAUGUCAUUCUUACGUGAUUUUUUUCAGACCAACUGAUUUCUACCUUGGCAAAAAAAUUGCCUGAGCACAAUAUUAUCAGUCGUGUUAUGGAAAACUUGGAGUCCCCAUUGUUUUUUAACAAGCUUUUAUUUCUGAAUCUUUUACAUAAGAUCAGCGUUUAACUAGCCAAUAAACCGUAAGUUUGUGUGUGCGAGUGUGAAUAAGAUAAAGCCAUAAGACUUGAGCUAAAUCUUUAGAGCUCAGCUAUAUAGAUGAUACUAAAACUUCUCCUUUCACAGGCCGAUGAAUCUCCUCGACAUUCCACAUAGUCUGUGAAGCUACAGGGCCACACUGUUUCCUUAAAUGUGCUUAAUUAAGCAUUAUAGUCAGUCUUUCUGUUAAUAAUGUGAAUUUUCAAUGUUUUUUAUUGAUUUUAUGAUGCAUAAUGGGUUUGUGUGGGGGAUGUCUGUAUGAACAUAAUUCAUGUGGUCCUAGUUGUUGCCAUUCCACUAUAUAUGUACACACAUGCAUUUUUGGGCAAAGGGCAGUUAAAUGGUUGUAUAACUAUAAAAAGUUGUUUGUUUUUACCAUUUUAAUAAUAAUUCACAAUCCAAAAUGCAAUAUGGGAUACCUAAAAAGUCUAUAAUUUGGACAUUCGGACAAUAAAAUUGAACAGAAUUGUGCAAGACGUUCGACUUAUCCAAGUAAUUUCAAUCAGCAUUGCUUGAGGUUUCGAGUGUGUAUGCGCGACCUUAAUAAUAAUGCAUAGACCCUUUAAUAAAUAAUAAGUAUUUGUUGUGAGUUACUCAAGCACUGCCAUUCUGCCUGUAUGGCAACGUGCACAAUGAAAAUUUGUCUGAAACAUUCCUGAUCGCACACCACGGAGUUGUUACUUUAAAGCGAAGAUAUUUGGGAGCAGUGGAUUUCAUAUUUAAGUUGCUCUCCAUGUACAAAUCUGCUUAUAAAUCCAGCUAGCUUGUUUUUGUAACUCUCGGUGACUGUUUUAUGUCAUACAAAUCAAUGAGAGACUGCUCUUCCGACCCAUAACAGAGACGUUUUAUUAUUUUUUGGAAUGCUAGCCAAUGCCUUCAUGUCUGCAAUGGCAUAAUCACAUUGCAAAACUAGGGAUUAAAGACUGUGUCUCUUUUAUUUGAUUCUUCUCUUGCACUUUUCAUUUUGCUUAUCUAGAGAUGUUUUUUUCUCUUCGUGGUGAUCUGUUCUUUUAGUCGGUGGGAGAUUGUGAGGGUCUGUCCCUCAGGCUAUGUUUGUACAUGUUUCGGUGUUCUCGUGUGCGUGUGUUCAUGUCCGUAUUGUCGUGCCUAGUGUGGAUCAGUCGCAUGCUUUAGCCCUUGAUGGGACACUUUGAGAAAACGUUGCUCACAGACUCUCCCCACAACCACCUAGUGGACAGUACAUGAGCAUCAGCAAUCUUUGGAAAGACGUCAAGGGAACCAAAUAGCUCUACAGACUUACCAUGUGUGUUAGCAGCUCUGUACUGAAACAAAUGAGAAAAUAAAGGCCUUUUAAUUACA